GACGAAUUCGCAUUCCAGCCCGACACCCAUCUACAACAUGUCCGGGACGGUUCGGGACUACAUAGAGAGCAGAAAGAAGUUUGGCAUGACAUGGGAUGACUUUAGCGCAUUGAAAGCAAAGAAAGAGGACGGGGCUUUUACUGAGGCGUCUAUGAUAAAGUACCGAAAGCAGCUCGAUGAAGAGCGCGAACGCAAGCUUAAAGCGCGAUUCGACGAGAACAAAAAAGAUAAGAAAUCUAAAAAGGGAAAAGAUCGAGAGAAAGAAAAGAAACGAAAGCGCAAGCGAAAGGACAAAGAAAAAGGCAAAGAGCGCAGGAAAAAAAGUCCUAAACACGACGCAGUGUCUGAUGAAAGUACCGAUAGAGCUGAGCAGCCAGUAGUUGAGAAAGCAGAUAGUGAAGAGAAGGAAGAUGGAGAGAUCGAUGAGUCCAGCAGCGAACCGGAAAAAUCACAAGUUCGGAAAGAUCGGAGACCAAAACCUUCAAGAAGACGGAGCCGGAAAGGAAGUGCUUUAGACAGCGAAGAUUCUAGAACAAGCAGCAGUGAAGAGGACAGCUUGAGCGAAAGUAGCAGUUCUACAAGCGACUCUGGGGGUGGGAAGGAAAGAUCAAAGCGGAAAAGACGUAAAUCAAAGGGAGAAAGUGACAGGUCCCAACGGAAAAAGAAGAGGGAAGCGUCGGGACCCGUGCGACUAUCAGACUUUCUGGCGCAAGACAGCGAUUAAAGGACUCAUGAAGAAAAUUCUUUGUAGAAAUUUGGUACAUGAUUGUAUAUACUGGUGCGAUGCUAUCUAAACAAGCAUUAUCAAACUCGA